AGCAAAAAAUGAGGAGUUAGCCCGAACUUGCCCGGCUUCUUUCUUACGUUUUUAAAUCGGGAACGGGAAGUAAGGCCGAAAUGGUUCGCGAGGAGCUGGCGGUGCGUCUCAACGACAAAGAGUAUAAAAACUGGCUGAAAGCUGGACGAUGUCUUCUCAUACUGAAGGAUGGUCUGCAUCCCUUCAUAAACGACCAAAUGAGAGCUUUCCAUAGAGAUCUGCUUAAUCAAAACACUCUGCUACGGAAACCGUGUGUGAUUUCUUGCAAACCCAGAGGGAAUAAGCUUUUCUCAGCGUGCAGGAUGUGUUCCGAGUGGCAGACAGUGAUCCUAAGUCACCACAGACAACCAGAUGCCACAGUGAACUGGGACAACUGUUUCCCUCCCAACUGGAGAACAGACCACUGGGAACUGGCCAAGGCUUACAUGCCACGAGGUCAGGGGAAAGUCAAGGGGGCGGAUCAAUGUGAUGCCUCGGCUCUGCUCAACCUAAUCAACUACUGUGAUUGUUUCCGAUCUGUGGAUCCAAAAUUUGUGAGAGAGGUGAUCCGGUACAGGAACGAGUUGAUGCACUCUUAUGAGUUCCGGGUGAAGGAUGAAUGGAUGAGCCAAUACCAAGCCACUGUGAAAAAGGUUGUGCGGCAGUUCAGCCACGUACCACAGAUGGCGAAAGUUGGCCACCAGGUCGAGGAGAUGCUCAGCGUGGAUUUGUCAAUAUGUGUCUCUGGUUUGGACCGAAUGGAUUCUGCUAACAUGGAUGGAAUCGAGUGUGAUUCUCUCAGCCAAUGGGAGGCCAGCGCCAACUUAAUUAGCCAAUGGGAGGCUGAGUUGCUACAAGAAAGUCUGCACGGGUUACUUCAUGCUGCUGCUGAUGAUACAAUGACUCCGGACACUGAGCAGCUGAAAAAACUGUGUAGUUUCCUCCAAACCAACAGAGAUCUGGGUGAGAGGUUUUCUGAAGAGCUCCAGGCCAUCAACUCACUAGAGGCCAGAGAAUAAAAAAGAAGAAAGUGGUGAAAAAGACAACAAGGAUCAUAUUGCGCAUGGUAUUUACUGUCUGAAAUAAGUCAAGGUCAGAAUUGAAGCAGAUCAAGGGAUUUGUGACAAGAUUGUUCAUGUGUAAAGUAUGUCAUUGAAAAUGUAAAUAACAAAUCUGACAAAACCCAUUGAUUCACUGACAGAUCUUUAUUUUUGUAUUUAACGUAAAGUGCUCAUAUUAUGCUCAUUUUCAGGUUUAUAAUUGUAUUUAGAGGUUGUACAAGAAUAGGUUAACAUGGUUUAAUUUUCAACACUAUAUUUUUGCCAUACUGCACAUUGCUGCAGCUCUUCUUUUCACCCUGUGUGUUGAGCUCUCUGUUUUAGCUACAGAGUGAGGCAUCUCACUUCUGUUCCGUCUUUGUUGGGGUCCCACAUGUGCAGUAGCUAGGGACUACUAGCCAGUCAGAAGAAGAGUUUGAGGGUGUGCCAGGCUAGCAGCUAGGUGAGCAUUAUAACUUGGUUACAAAGUAACGUGCAUUUGUCAUGGAAGUAAAGGCUGGACUACAAUACAGCAGUUUGGAGCAGUUUGUGAACAGUGUUUUCUGUUGGAGAUGGUAAGUCCCUUUGCGGUGGACUUUGGGCCUUUUCCCUUUGUAAACCUUAACAUGCACAAAAAAGAUAUAUAACACAGUAAAGGAAAG